AUGAGUGCGGACACGGAGCUGCUGUGGCCCGGGGCGGCCCUCCUGCUGCUGCUGGGGGCGGUGGCCAGCCUGUGUGUGCGCUGCUCCCGCUCAGGUGCGAAGCGGCCCGAGAAGAUUUAUGAGCAGAGGAGCCUGCAAGAGAACCAGCAGAACUUUGCAGUGGCCCGGACCUACUCCUUGGGCAGGCCCCUGAUGGACACAGCCUAUGGCAUGGCACCAACAAGGAAGGAUAAGCUGCUGCAGUUCUCCCCCAGCCUCGAGGAUUCUGCAUCGCUGAGGUACCAGAACUUCCGCAAAGGAAGCAGACACGGAUCAGACGGAGCCUACAUAGACCCCAUCAUCAUGGAGUAUUGCAACUGGGAGCGGUCUCAGAAGCGGCAGGAAGCAGAUGAUGAGGAUUCUAAUUCCUAUGAGAAUGUGCUCAUCUGCAAGCAGAAAGAGCCCGACUCAGGUCCUCCCCCUGGUUCUCCCCCUGCAGGCGAUGAGGAUUAUCAGAACUCUGCUUCCAUCCAGAAGUGGCAGGAGUCCAAAAGGGGCGUAGGGCCAGUCCCGAGAGAAGCACCUCUCUCCCCUGCGGGAAGUCCCGAUGACGACGACGGAGAACCCGAUUAUGUGAAUGGGGACGUGGCAGCCAUGGAAGCCUAG